CCAUGCAGCAGGAGCUCCUGUUCAAAGUCCUGGUGAUCGGGGACCUGGGAGUCGGGAAAACGUCCAUCAUCAAGCGGUACGUGCACCAGAUCUUCUCCCAGCACUACCGAGCCACCAUCGGGGUGGACUUCGCCCUGAAGGUGCUCCAGUGGGACGAUGACACUGUGAUCCGGCUGCAGCUGUGGGACAUAGCAGGACAGGAGCGUUAUGGGAACAUGACUCGUGUCUACUACCGGGAGGCGGUGGGAGCUCUGGUGGUGUUUGACGUGACGAGGGCCUCCACGUUUGAUGCAGUGCUCAAGUGGAAGGAUGAUCUGGACUCCAAGGUGACCCUGAACCACGGGAGGCCAGUUCCAGCUGUACUCUUGGCAAAUAAGGCGGACCAGCUGUCUUCCCAGUCGCCUAAACUUGACUCCUUCUGCAGGGAGAAUGGCUUCGUUGGCUGGUUUGAGACCUCUGCAAAGGAGAACGCAAACAUCGACGAGGCGACGCGCUGCUUGGUUGGGCACAUCCUGAACAACGAGGAGAGCCCGCUGGUGGAGCGAGACCCCAGCUCCCUCGUUCUGUCUGGAUACAACAACACCACCAAGGAUCAUUUCAACUGCUCGUCGUGUGUGAAAUGGUGACUUCUGACCAAUCACAGGCAACCAGGAAGUGAACAGCUGUGAGGCCACGACCACAUAGAGAAGUUUGGCUCAGGGACUGCUUGUAAAAAAGAAACUGCCUUAGGCCAUGUGAUUAAUGAAGGAAAAUGUAAAACAGGUGAAGCUUUGUACCGAUGUCGAUGGGCUGUGUUCACACUGCAGGCCAACAUGAUAUCAGGAGCAUAAAAGAUUAGGUAUUGAUUUUUUUGUUGUUAUCGUUGUUCCUGCAGAUUCUUAAAAAGGUUUGGUUUUUAAUAUUAAGGUAAACGUUUUUUUGUAAUUUAGUUCUAGGCUAUGAUUCAUGCUUCACAACCACAAAAAACUCCAGUUUAGUUUAUUUCAUCCUUUUACCCACAGGAACUGCACAGUAUUGUUUUUGCUUUUGGAGGUAUUAAAAGAGUCUUUUAAGUAAUUAUAUUUAUACACGAAAACUGCAAGAUUUGUUCAUUCUACGAUGUAACCCAUAUCUAGUAUCAGUAUAAACCUACAGUGCCUGAUAUGUCCACUUUUUGUACCUCUGCGUCUUUUGCUUGCAUUACACGUAUUUGACAUUGUGCCUCUGACAUGUAGCUGAACUGACAGCUCCUUAAACUUUCAUCUGCAGUGUGAACACAGACAGACAAAAAAAAAAAUGGCGCCUUCUUGCAUUCUUUGCACUUUCCCUCAGCCCACCAUCAUCCAGUAUAUGGAAACAGUCAAAACUGCAAAUGCUUAGAAUGUCCUAUAUUUCACACAUAUUGUGGACCUAAUAUAUGAGUGCUGACAGUACCACAAAGACCUGAGAUGCAUUUUUACGGGAGUGAAUUUGAACCAAAAGCUAAAACCUGUGGUUACAAAUGAGACAGAACCUACCAUCCACUCAGUCCCCACACUUAAGUGUGACUGAGGUAUAGGAAAUGAUUUCUGCAGAUUCAGGUUUCUGUCAUUUACCAGCUCAAACUGUGGACUUAAGCUCAGAUGUACAUAUAUAUUAUAAUAUGUUCAAAGUCCCCUCCGGCAUGUUUUAAAAUGUGUAACAUACUCUGUUAUGAUUAAUAUUUUGUCGAACAUGGGAUUCCCACAUAAAAAGUAAAAAAUUAAAGAUUCUAGCUACCCAUACUACCAUACUAUAUAGUAUACCAGUAAAAGAUUUAGUAUGUCAAAUGUAGUAUGCCAAAAAUACCAGGAUGUAUCCGGUCUGACUUUUCAGUAUGCAAGUCAGCAUGCUUUUCUGGCUAUUCUGACCCAUAAUCCGAUGUGAUAGGUCACAUUGACUGAGCCGCAAAGAGAUGACAGCUGAUUGACAGCUGUCAGAAAUCACAAUGACGGGUGAGAGUGCAUCAUGUAACUGAUGACCAGUCGAAUAGUAAUAAUAGGAAUAUUGACUGUUUAAGUGAACAAAAUAAUCAUAAAUAUUACAAACAACAAUGAAAAUAACAAUGACAGAGGACUGUAGUUGUAAUUUCGCUGUCUACUAUCUACAGCCUCCGAAGUUAUGAAUUUAGUUCAGGGCGAAAGGUUAUGAGAAUGUAGCAUGUCCCGAUUGUGUGCAUACUGCAUGCAACAGUACAUACCUUUUAUGGAUAGCUACAGUACCUACUAAAAGUUAAAAGUAUGCAAAGCGGAACACACCCAUCGUCUGGCCCCGUGCCCCGCCCACCACCUGCUUUCACUCUUUGCCUUCUCCAGUACUGACACAGCGCUUAAAUAAAGUGUGGAGGUCUGGCUAUGCAUGACUGAGCAUGAAAACUAAUUCUUGACCUUCUAAGGAGCAGUGUGAAGAAUUCAGUGGCAGCUAGUUGUUAGGAUUGCAGAUGGCAACCAGCUGAAACUUCUCCCACGUGCCAAGUGUGAACUCCCAGUAAGAAUUUCUUCAGUGUUCAUUGGUUAGGAGGUUUUUACAGUGAGCCUAAUUAUCUGCAGAGGUCUCUUCCUCUUAACAACAAACAGACGAGGUGAUUACAACCAGUAAAAAUACUAAAUAAAGCACUGUCACAUUACAAAUCAGUCUUUCUUUGAUGCUGUUCGGCACAUUGUGGAGGGACUGCUAACUGCGGUGGCUAAUGCAAAAAAUGUGAAUGGUCCUAUCUAGAGCCAGUGUUUUGUUUGUCCGCUCUGGGCUACUGUAGAAACAUGGCAAUGUAACAUGGUGAUCUCCAUAGAGGAGGACCCACUCCCUAUGUAGAUAUAAACAGCUUAUUCUAAGGCAAUGAAAACACAAAAAAACGUAGUUAUUAUAUUCCAUUUCUGCCAAUACAGCCCCCUAAAUCCUACACACUGGACUUUUAAGACAGUAGUUUGACACAAAAAAAAAAUCUGUUGAAUGCCACAGCCAUAUUCCUGUCAUAAUCUGAAUCCCUUUAUGUCACAUGAAGACAGAGGAUGCAUCCUGUGUAUUCAUAACUGACCUGCUAAUGCAUAAAGAUGUUUUCUUUCGUACUGGAUGAUGAACUGAUGGGCUGGAAAACCUGCCCUUGCAUGCAACUGAGAAAAACUCAGAAGGACCCUUUGCAGUCAGAAAUGAACAUAAAUGCUGUGGAGAUAAUGGAGGAGAGUCCGUUUAGCAGACAUGUUCAUUAAAUGGACUAUUCAAGUGGUUGAUAAAACCUAAAGGCUAUUAGCAGAUUGAGAAUUUCUUUAAUUAGUAAUAGCAGUGGUACACUGUGAACCACUUCACAACAUCUGUGGCUCUUCCAGGACUACUCUCAUCUGUCUUUAUGAUUUGCUGUAGCAUUUCGAAUUUAAGCUCUAAUUUCCAUUUCAUUUUGUAUAUAUGUGUGGUUUCAGUCUGUGAUAGUUUACGUCAUCCUCAAAAAGUGGAUAACUCAGUCUGGAUCUAAAUAACUUUGAUAGCAAACCUGACUCGCUGUCAAACUGUCGGCUUUAUUGUUGGUAUGAGGCGUUUUCUUCAACCCUAAAAUCGAUUUCUCGCCAGUCAAACACAUGGCAUGUCCUGCUCUUUCCAGCGCAGCAACCACUGAACAGCCGCUUUUGUUGAGUCUGCCUCAAGUGUUAUUUGAAAUUCCAUGUUUUCAAAUUAGGCAUCGGCUUUAUAUUUUACUUUACUCCCUUUGAUGUGUAACAGCCUGUUCUUAUUAAGCAUCCCAUAUGGUCCAGACUGUAUGUAAUAAAAUAUGUAUUUGUAGUACCCUAUACUGCGCAUUAUGUUCUCCGCAUUGUUCAUCCAGGAUCUAUGCAUGUGUCGUGUCCUCUGAGCUCAAUCAUGUCAAAAUUUGGAAAUCAGCCUUGACAUUGACUUAAGUCACAAGAGAGAAAAUGGGGCUGAAACAAUUAACUUAAUGAGUUAAUUAUAAAAAUAGCUGUCGAAGAACAAAGUCAUUUCUUUUCUCAGCAGAAAUUCCUCAGCUCAAGCUUCUCACUUUUAAGGAUUUCCUGCUUUUCUUCAGUUUUACAUUAUUAUAAACUGAAUAUCUUUGGGUUUUGGAUAGCUGCAGUUUGUGCCUCCCAUGUAUUAGCGUACACUCCAGUCACAGAGGUAACCGUCAGUUUCUCUAAAAGAUAAUUAAACUGCCUAGAAGAGCCUUUGAGGAUUCUGAAAAUACCGCCAGAACAGUGUUAAGUGUCAGUGUCACCCAGAGGGUUUCAUCUAGUUAAUUAUCACUUAGAGAUACCGACGGUUACUCUGUGACCAAAAUGUAUGCUAAUACAUGAGAGGCACAGACUGGGGCUUGAACUGUUGAUCAGGUGAUGAAGACAUCUCAUCUCUCACCUUGAGGCAAUGGGAAUUUAACUUCUUUUUUUAAAAACAUUUUAUAGACCAAAACAUAAAUAGACCAAACUAAAUAAUCAGCAGACUAAUGGACGACGACAACAGUUGCACUACUAGAGAGCAUUAUCUCCUAUUGUGAGCUAGAGCAGCAAUGUGACAGUGUGAAAAUGUUUUGAGUUUGAAAAAAUAUUUCCAUGUGCUUUCCAAAUGAUAUUUCCAUGCAUGUUUCCUA